AUGCAUGGAAAAGGGGGAGAAAGAAAAGAAAAAAAGGGGCUGACGACAAGGCAAAAGGCCAUAACCGUCUACGCAACUGGGCCAAUUGAUUCCCCCAAUGCCAGUCCAUUUCUUCACAUCGAUACGCAAUUCCAAACAAUGGACGCUGUCCCAACAUCUGCACCGCUGCCCUCGGCGAAUGCGUCUGCACCUGCUGCUCAACAGCAACCCCGUACAAAGUCAAAGGCGUACCAAACUACAAUCGCUGCUGAAGCCGAUGAUCUAAAAUACGAAAGUAAAUACAAAGAGUUGAAGAAAAAGGUCAAAGAGGUCGAAGAG